GUUGAAUCAUGGUGGUCUCGAGCUGCUCCGAGGUGGUUCUCACGGUGCCAGUGCGCGACCCGCGCUUCCUGGGCCGGCGACCUCUCUUUGCUCGGUAUCCGGGAGCCUCGGCCGAAGAACUGGAUCAAUUUGAACGCGACGCCUUCGCUACCUCGAAUGAAGCCACUCCCUCUGCUGCUGCCGGCGAGGGUGGGACUCCCACCGACCGGCCGGUGCUCUCCCUUCGGGAGGUGUCCUUUCUGUCGCUCCCCCAGGGGGAAGCGGCCCUGCUGGAUGACAUUGAAUCUGGCGACAGCUCGGAGGAUGCGACGCUCGUUCGGGCCGCCAUUCGUCGAGCCUCGCUCUUGACUGCCAUUCCGGACCAUUUGCGGACCGCCUCCGACAACAUGGUCCCCACACACGAGCUCGCGUGCACCCUCUGCAUCCCGAGCACCGGUGACCCUUCUCCCUCCGCUUCGCCCUCCUCAUCCUCCUCCUCCUCCUCCUACCUGACGGACAUCGUGGCCUCCAUCGGCCAGAGUCCAAAUGUCUGGCCGGCUGGCCACGGGCGCGACCUUGUGGUCAUCGUUCACGGGGUGCUCGGCCACCGGGACAACUUGUUUUUCCCCCUCCUGUCGCAGGCCCUGGCCGACCCGGCCGGCUUUGGCCGCACCCACUCCGGGCCCCUGGCCGAGGCGGUGGUGUCCGCCUCGGUCGAGGCUUUGACCGCUCCUCACAGGGAACUGGACGAGCUGCGCGAGCAGCUGUGCGCGGGUGCAGGAAACCUGCUCACAGGUCUGCUGCCCGCCCCGACGGCCAGCCUGCGCGUCGACCUUCGCGGACACGGUCGCAGUCCGGGCCUGCCAUCCUACUCAGACUAUGAGGGCGACUUUAUUGACAUCUCGGCCGCGAUCGCUGCGGCCGAGCGGCAUGGCUGGCGCGUUGUCGGCUUGAUUGGCCACUCUCGAGGCGGGGUGUGUGUCAUGCGCCAGGCAGCACGCAAGCCACCGCACUCGCUGCGCUUUGUCGCGUCACUCGGGAGCCGCUUCAACCACCGGGACAUCACCAUCAAGCACACGGCAGCCGAGGUUGCGCGGAUGCGCCCGGCUCCCGAAGGGCGCGGCUGGUUCGGCUGGCGCUAUCGCUCACGCAUCCGUGGCGAGGGGGCUGUCAUCGUCUCCCCCUCCCAAAUUGAUUUGAUCGCCACCGAUGUCAACUUGCGUGCUGUCUCGGCCAUCCCCUCGGGGGUCGACACGCUGACCAUGCACGGGCUUGGAGACACGGUGGUCUUGCCCACCGAGGCCAUGCACUACACCAAUGCCCUGCUGGCUCGGGGCCACCCGGCCAAGAUGGGCGUCCACACGCUCCGGCUGAUCCCCGAUGCGGACCACCUCUUCCGGGGCUUUGAUCCCCUGGUUGUCAGCACGAUCCUGGGCUGGCUUUCGCCGGCUUUGCGUGCCGCGCGUGCCAGCAUCGCUCACCCGCUGGACAGCUGCCGCUCUUCCCGGUCGCCAGUGCCGACCCUGUCGGUGACGCUGGCGUCCAACACGCCGGAACCCCCGCCGGGACUCAGUCGGCAUGAGGCCCAGUUCCAUGUCCACUGGUCGGGGGUCGACAACUUCCGCGACCUCGGGGGGUACCCCCUGGCGGGUGCCGACCCGUCUGCCCGGCAGCCCACCAUCCAUUGCUCGCCCAUCCGCCGGGCCACGGUGUCUGCAUUUGGCCGCGUCUUCCGGGCGGCCGGCUUUUCGGACGUCCGCCCCGAGGCCCUGCAGCACUUGCAUGAUGCUCUACGCGUCCGGGCUGUUGUGGACCUCCGUAGUCAGUACGAAUUCGAUCGCGACCAUGCCCAUCUCGGGCCUCUGUUCGCCAGGACGGGCAUUGUGCACUUCCACGCGCCGGUCUUCGCCGAUCCGAGCAUCGAUCGCAAUCCUACUGAAUCUUUCUCCCGGCGCUGGGCGUCCCAUUCCAAGUGCACGAACUCCAUGGUUUCCGGCUAUAUGGACAUUCUCAGCCAUGGCGUGGCUGCCUUUCGGGCGUUGUUCUCCCUCCUCGCUGGGCCACCCUUCUCCGAUGCCUACAUCGACCAGGGCCUCCUCCGGGCGGGUCUCCCAGUGGAGGAGGCCGAUCACUAUGCCGUGGUCUUCCACUGCACGGCGGGCAAGGAUCGCACGGGCGUUGCCUCGGCUCUGUUGCUGGAUCUGCUUGGCGCCUCCCCGGCAGCCAUUUGCCGUGACUAUCAGCGCACGGAGGUGUGCCUGGAUCGUCGGCCGUUCAUUGAGCGCCUGCUCCCGAAUCCCGAUGGCGGGCUGGAGUCUUCGGGGCUCUCGCCACACGAGGCGUUCACCCUCAGUAGCAGCCGCUGGGAGGCCAUGGCCAUGUUCGUGUCGGGUCCGCUGGCUGAGCUCGGCGGAGCCGAGGUCUACCUUCGAGAGCACUGCGGCCUGCCAGCCGAGGCCAUUGCUGCCUUGCGCCGGCGUCUUGUUCAAACAGUGCCCGCGUCGUCUGACGCUUGUCGGUAGCUGUCCUGGCCUUUGUCGGCACACACAUUCAAGGAAUACACUCCGGUGGGGCACCCUACCGAGCAAUGGCAACAUCAGGGUUCAUGCAUA